CGAGCACAAGCAGUUACCUUAUCAAUCAAUCAUGGACGUUCAACAUCAUCAUAAUUCUCACAAUGUUGGGUCUCAAGAAGUGGCACAUGGUGAAGGAUACGGCCACCAUGACCCCGAGAAGAAGUCAGUUUUGAAGAAAGUCAAGCAAAAGGCUAAGAAAAUUAAGGACACAAUCACAAAGCAUGGCCAUCAUGACAAUGAACAUGGCCAUCAGGAGUAUCACUAUGAAGAUCAGCAUAUCCCUGAUGAUCAUGACUUGGAUGAAGAAGACGAGGAUGAAGAUAUGGUAGUAGACCCAGAAGUCCAUGGAGCACCAAUUUAUGACAGUGCUGCUGUUAGAAGUGCAGCACCGGGGCAAGUCAAUAUUUUAGGGAGGCAUGGAGGUACAACAGUUCUGGGAGAAGAACCUCAACAUGAUCCAAGAGUGAAAGUUGUUUCUCCAACUACUGGAAUUAGUCAAAGCAGAACCACAAUUGUGGAGGUAGAGAAAAUCGUGAAUCACAAGGUCAAUUUGGAGAGACCGAUGCACUUGGAGGAGGAUCCCAACGCACCACGAAGUAUCGCUGGAGCACAUGCUCCAGCCAAUUAUCAAACCAAAGUCACUGAUCCAACUGGGGCAGGAGGGGCAGAAAUUGACAUUACCCCAGUUGAGAAAUCUUUCACUAGGAUGACUGUUCAUAAUGAGCCAAAAACAUACACAGAACCAAAACUCUUUCCAACGGGUGCUGAAACCCACCACCAUUCUGCUGGAAUCCACUCCCAAUUCGCACCAGAGCUGUCUGCUGCAACCAAAACUCACUACCCAUCAGUUGAAAGCUAUGGUCAAAACAAGCCAGAACUAUCUGCUGAAGUUAAAACUCAAUAUCCCCAAAGCCAUAAUCAGUUUACCCCAACACCAACUAAAACUCUUUAUCCUCCUACCAAAAUGCAUGACCAAUACUUCCCACAACAAUCAAGUUCAACAAAAGCUCAGUACCCUUUAUCUGGAAGCCAUGACCAGUUUGCACCAGAAUCUCAGUACCCUUCUACCAAAAUCCAUGACCAACAUUUGCCACAAUAUUCAAGUGCAACAAAAUCUCAAUACACUUCAUCUGGAAGCCAUGAUCAGUUUGCACCAGAAUCUCAGCACCCUUCUACCAAAAUCCAUGACCAACACUUCCCACAACAUUCGAGUGCAACAAAAUCUCAAUACACUUCAACUGGAAGCCAUGAUCAAUUUGGAAGUCAUGAUCAGUUUGCACCAGAAUCUCGGUACCCUUCUACCAAAAUUCAUGACCAACACUUCCCACAACAUUCAACUGCCACGAAAUCUCAAUACACUUCAUCUGGAAGCCAUGAUCAGUUUGCACCAGAAUCUCGGUACCCUUCUACCAAAAUCCAUGACCAACACUUGCCACAACAUUCAAGUGCCACAAAAUCUCAAUACACUUCAUCGGGAAGCCAUGAUCAGUUUGCACCAGAAUCUCGGUACCCUUCUACCAAAAUCCAUGACCAACACUUGCCACAACAUUCAAGUGCCACAAAAUCUCAAUACACUUCAUCAGGAAGCCAUGAUCAGUUUGCACCUGAAUCUCGGAACCCUUCUACCAAAAUCCAUGACCAACACUUCCCACAACAUUCAACUGCCACAAAAUCUCAAUACCCUUCAUCUGGAAGCCAUGAUCAUUUUGCACCAGAAUCUCGGUAUCCUUCUACCAAAAUCCAUGACCAACACAUCCCACAACAUUCAACUGCCACAAAAUCUCAAUACCCUUCAUCUGGAAGCCAUGAUCAGUUUGCACCAGAAUCUCAGUACCCUUCUACCAAAAUCCAUGACCAACACUUCCCACAGCAUUCCAGUGCAACAAAAUCUCAAUACCCUUCAUCUGGAAGCCAUGAUCAGUUUGCACCAGAAUCUCAGUACCCUUCUACCAAAAUCCAUGACCAACACUUCCCACAGCAUUCCAGUGCAACAAAAUCUCAAUACCCUUCAUCUGGAAGCCAUGAUCAGUUUGCACCAGUGUUAUCUACUGAACCUAACAUUCACCACCCUCAUACCGGAAUCCAUGACCACCACUUCCCUCAACAAACUAGUGCAACCAAUCCUCAAUACCCUUCAUCCAGAAGCCACGAUCAAUUUCAACCGGAAUUUUCAUCACAACCCAAAACCCCACAAACCUACAACCCCAUGGAUAAACCAUCCAACGAGAGCAGUUACACAGACAAAAUCUCCUCAGCAACGUCCGCAGUAGCUGACAAAGCGAUCACCGCAAAAAACGUCGUCGCUUCAAAGCUCGGAUACGGCAACACAGACGAGAAUGAAACAACAGAAACAAAGCACCACCAAGAGAACACAGGAAAUGAAAAGCCAUCAACAAUCUCAUCAGCAACAGGUGCAAUAGCCGACAAAGCCGUCACAGCCAAAAACGCCGUCGCUUCGAAGCUCGGAUACAACACAAACGAGAACGAAACAACUCAAACAAACACAGGAAAUGAAAAACAUUCAACAAUCUCAUCAGCAACAGGUGCAAUAGCUGACAAAGCCGUCACAGCCAAAAACGUCGUUGCUUCAAAGCUCGGAUACGACACAAAUAAUGAAACAACUCAAACAAAUGAGAAACCUUCAACAAUCUCAUCUGCAACAGGUGCAAUAGCUGACAAAGCCGUCACAGCGAAAAACGCCGUCGCUUCGAAGCUCGGAUACAACACAAACGAGAACGAAUCAACUCAAACAAAUAAAAAACCUUCAACAAUCUCAUCAGCAACAGGUGCAAUAGCUGACAAAGCCGUCAACGCCAAAAACGCCGUGGCUUCGAAGUUGGGAUACAACACAAACGAGAAUGAAACAACUCAAACAAAUGAAAAACCUUCAACAAUAACAUCAGCAACAACAGCAAUAGCUGAUAAAGCCGCCACAGCCAAAAACGCCGUCGCUUCGAAGCUAGGAUACGGCGACACAAACGAGAACGAAACAAAGCAUCAUCACGAGGUGAACAGAAGCAAUGAAAAACCGUCAACGCUCUCAUCAGCAACCACUGCAGUGGCUGACAAAGCCGUCUCAGCUAAAAACACUGUAGCUUCCAAGCUAGGUUUCGGAGACAACACAACAACAACACAUGAAGAGAAGAGAAGCGACCAUGCAGCUUAUCCAACGGAAUACGGAAAGAGUGUUGCUGAAUCUCUGACAGAUAAACUUGCUGUUGCUGGUGUGGAUGCGAGGUCCAAAGUGGAACAAGACAAGGGUGUUUCUGUGAAGGAGUAUUUGGUGGAAAAACUGAGGCCUGGUGUAGACGAUAAGGCUCUCUCUGAAGUGAUAUCAGAGACUCUGCAUAAGGAGGAGCGGGAGCCAGUGGAGGGUACUACUGGGGAAGGUGCGAGGAAGGUGGUUUCUGAUGCGGUGCAUAAGAGAGAGGAUGAACCUGAGAGAAGAGUGGAGCGUGGUAGGGUACUUGGGAAGGUGACGGAGUCAGAAGAAGUGAAGAGGAGGUUGGGGAGUGAAGAUUUAAAGACGGAGAAAAGGUACGAGGAGAUGUAUGUGAAUAGCCCUGGGACAGGUGUGGUUGAUAAGCUUAAGGGGAUGGUGGGGUCUUUGUUAACUGGGGAGACUCAACCAUCAAAAGAUUCCUCUUCGAAUUAUGAGGCGGAAGUGCAACAGGUUAACCAAGGUUCAGGUGGAAGAAGACUGCAGGAGUCAUCAAAUUGAAGAAUGAGUUUCAAGGAAUAUUUGCUUUGGAUCUUUGUGUAUAUCUUUGUUUGUCUGUGUUUUCUUCUUUGUUGGAAGAAAGUUGGGAUGAAUGUUUGAGUCUGCAUAAUAAUUUGUUCUUUUUUAUUUUUAUUUUUAUAACGUCUGUAAUAAUUUUUCAAAUCGAUCAGUGUACUUCAUAGAAGUUGUGUUUGUAUGUAUAAUAAAAACAGUCUGUGUUUGUAUUAUGA